CGCAAAACAAUACAUUCAAUGAUUUGUUUUGUAAAUAAACAACAAAUUAGUGAUUAUUUAUUGAUUUAAUUAAUUAUCAGUUAAUUAUUAGUUAUGAAUAAAUUUGAUGAAAGACUGAUUGAAUGGUCAGAAAAGGAGUUCAAUGUGAAGAACUGUCCGAAAGAGUCACUCAAUCUUCUGAGGGCUAAAAAUGGGACCACUUUUAAGAAGAUAUUGUCUUUUAUGACACAAACCAUCAAAUCUAAAGAAAAUGGCGAAACUAUUCAACGAUUUUGUGAUUCAAUACAACUGAAAGAGGACUUGAAAUCGACCGCCGAUGAGAUCCGUGUCAUUGAAUCGGAUAUCAGUCGAGUUCGCAAUCAAUUGAUUGUCGAAGAGUUGAACCGAAAGAAGCGCGAAAUCAAAGAAGAAUUGAAUGCAAACAAAGUGUUUGUUUCGACACUUCUGUUGGACGUAAUGGAGAGGAUUUCGGCGAAGAAUAAACACUGCACUCAACUGAAGCCCAACUUAAAGACAAUCGACGAUAUCAUUGAUUGUUAUGAACGCCUCUACACUCCUAUCGAUGACUUUGAUUUGGAUAAGUGUUUGGUUUCCGACCAAAUGGUCAAUAAUAGCAAGAAUUGUGAUCACCUUUUGGACCAAAUUAACCAAUUGAUGGAAAGCAUUGAAUCGAUUGUCUAUGACUUGAAUGACAUAAAAGCGAUUAAACCGAUUAAUAUAAGCUAUGAUUUGGAUGUUGUGUCCAAAGGGUUGACACAAACGGAACCAAACAUUGAAUUUAUGUCACAAAAUAAAAAUGAGAAGGAGGCGAAGAACACAGCGAUUGCCACUAAAUUAGUUUCUGUUCACAAUUUAAUGCAAAAAUACGAGAAAAUUCGUUCAGAAAAGUUGGCCAAAAAUAAGGACAAAAUGCAAAAAGUCAUCAAUUCUUGCGAUGCAUUCAUUCAACAAAACGCUUGA